UAAAAUCACUUGAUUGUAAACAGGUACCACAUACAGUACAGGUGGUAUUCUUUUAGUUACGUUUAUUCAGUGUUUGAAAUUAUAUUGUUGUUGAAAGUAUAUAGGUAGAGACUUUGAUUAAGUCACUACUUUAAGUCAUUUUAUAUGUUUUAAAGUUAUCUAAUAUCUAACAGAACCAGUUCAUAUUUCAAAUACAGUUUUCACGUUUGUUUUCUUUUUUUUUAAAGUAAAAAUUUUUACUAUAUUUGUGCUAAAAGAAUUUAUUUUGUGUGGUGAUUCAAAAUGAGUUCAACUCCAGAUAUAAUGUCCUAUGCGUAUAUUGAUACCAAAGAAGAAUUAAAAGAGAGACAAAAAUUAGAUGAUGAAUUAUGGGAACGAGCUAAGACAGUAGCUAAGAAAGAAUUACGUGAAGAUGAAGAAACUAAAGAACACGCUUUAAGACAUUUACGUGAAUGGAUCAACAAAAAUACUGACAUCGAAAAUUGUCGAACAGAUGAUGGAUUCUUAUUAAGAUUUUUACGUACCAAAAAAUUCAGUUUACCAAUGGCCGAACAAAUGAUCUUAAAAUAUAUAAAUUUACGUCAAAAAAUGUCAAAUUAUUGUUGCAACUUAGAUUAUUUAUCACCUUCAAUUAAUGAACUUAUCAACGAUGGAUUUGUUUUUGCAUCACCGAAUCGUGAUGCUAAAGGGCGUCGCGUGGUUUUCACGAUAAUGAAAAAUUUCAAUCCGUACAAAUAUACAAGUGUUGACAUGGCCAAAAUCCAUGCAAUUACAUAUGAAACCUUAUUGGAUGAUGAAAAAACACAAAUCUUUGGAUUUACUCAUAUUGGAGAUGGUGAUGGCGCAAGUGCAGCUCAUGUAACAUUAUGGAAUUUUACAGAUUUUGCAACAUUAUUUAAAUGGGGCGAGCAAUCUUAUCCAAUGAGGCAUAAAGAAGUUCAUAUUGUUCAUUUAUUGCCCGCUUUCAAAUUCGUUGUGGAUUUCGCUCGGACUCGCGUUAGUUCAAAAAUGAAAGAUCGUUUGAGUUUACAUAACGAUUGGGCAUCAUUAGCAAAAAAAGUGGAUCCAAAUGUAUUACCAAAAGAAUAUGGUGGGAAAAUACCAAUGGCAACAAUGAUUGAAAUGUUUAAAAUGGAAUUAGAUUCAAAAAGAGAACGUUUAUUAGCAUUAGAUAAAAUGAAAUUAUUAAGUGAUCGUGGUAUUAUUUGUAGAAGAAAUAAAAGUUAUCAUAGUACACCUAAUGCAGAGCAAUUCGGUAUAUCAAGUUUACCUGGAAGUUUUCGUCGACUUCAAGUUGAUUAGUGUCUAGCUUAUAAUUAAACAAAUUUUUUUUAUUUUAAUUGUUUUUUAGUUUAAUUUUUCUUUUUUGUUUACAUUUUUACGUUGAUAAAUAUGUACACUGAUUGGCAAAGAAUAAACAAAUGAAGUCGCAUUUAAGAUGAAGACACUUUCGUAUUUUCGUUAUUUAUGGGAAUGUCAAUUUGAAUUUGAUUAAGUAUCUUUUAAAAAGUAACCCAUCACCCUGUAUGACUGCGCUAAAUUCCAAAUCGAUAUUCUUAUAAAUAACCAAAUUAUGAGGAUGUCUUCAUCUUAAAUGCGGCACAUUUUUUUUACAUUAAGUACUAUUGGAGAAUCUAAAUUGUUUUAAUUAUGAUCGAAUCUAUAAAGUCGUUUUCAACUGUAACUAAGAUCGUUACUUGAAUCUCGCUCCAACAAUGCUGUUAAAUUUCCCAAAACUUACAUAAUCAGUCCACGACCAUUUUUUGUAAACAAUUUUUUUCUUAAAAUUUUGCAUAAUUGGGAAUCUUUAGAAAUUAAAGA